AUGGCUCUAUCGCACAAUGACUAUAUGAUUGCCUGGAUCUGCGCCUUGCCGCUCGAAAUGGCUGCCGCAAAGGUCAUGCUGGAUGAGACUCACCCUCCCCUACAUCAACCAAAGUCCGACUCAAAUGCCUAUACUCUUGGAAGUAUCAGUGGCCAUAAUAUCGUGGUAGCUUGUCUACCGUCUGGUAUUUAUGGUAUCACAUCUGCAGCGGUUGUUCUCGCUAAUAUGCUGCCAACGUUUCCCUCUCUUCGAUUUGGGCUGAUGGUAGGCAUCGGAGGCGGCGUGCCCAGCGAGACCAACGACAUUCGACUCGGUGAUAUCGUUGGUCAAUUGGUGGAUCGUAAGGCGCGAGUUACUGACGAACCAGUUACUCACUAUGGUUUGAUUGCUUCCGGGAAUCAGGUUAUAAAGGAUGCCAAGAAACGAGACUUUCUCGCUCAAUCAAUGGACAUUCUCUGCUUUGAAAUGGAAGCUGCUGGACUUGUAGACCAGCUGCCGUGUCUGGUGAUUCGAGGAAUCUGUGACUAUUGUGACUCUCACAAACAUAAAGGAUGGCAAGGUUAUGCGGCUCUCACCGCUGCUGCAUAUACUAAAGAGCUUCUUUCUGUCGCGCCUUUAGCAGUCACCCAGUCAGUCACUACCACUAAAUUUCUGGUUACAUUGGAUCUGACGACAGUGCCCGCAAUUGAAGAAUUUAUUGGACGACAGGAAGACCUUAAACACCUGUGGCACUAUCUACAACCAGCAGGCUCACCAUUACGCAAAGUCGCUAUCCUCCAUGGCCUUGGUGGAAUCGGGAAAUCACAACUUGCAAUUAAAUUUGCACGUGAGCACAAAAAUGGCUUUUCAGCAAUCUUUUGGAUAAAUGGGAAAGAUCGAUCUACCCUGGUUCGAUCUUUGAGUUCUUGCCUUCCACGCAUACAAACGUAUGCCGUGGCAAAUGAAGCCGCUACAGAGGAAGAAGCAGAACAGCGGGCUAGCCAAGUUAUAAAGUGGCUAGCAGUACCAGAAAAUCAAAACUGGUUAUUGAUCUUUGACAAUAUUGAUCAGUAUACGCCCCUAGAGACCAGCAAUAAUGGUGAAUAUGAUAUCAAGGAUUUCUUCCCAAAUGCUGAUCAUGGGUCUAUUCUUAUUACCUCCCGGCUCCAGAGAUUGAUGGAACUCGGAAAAUCAUUUCCUAUCGAAAGACUCGCACCCAAAGAUGCUAGAAAACUCUUCUUACAAAGUUGGGGACGUUCUUUGUCCGAGAUUGUAGAUGCGGGAUUAGAGAAAGAUCUUGCUAGUCUCAUGGCUCAAUUUGAUGGUUUACCAUUGGCAAUUGUCAUUGCUGGCGCAUUCAUGCGCGAAACUGGCACAGGCAUCAGUGAGUACCUGGAGGAUUAUCAGGAAUCAUGGUUCGAAUUGCAGGCUCAAUCUUUACCCACGCGUCAUUAUCACCAAGGUAAUAUCCUUCAGACAUGGGCAGUAUCCUAUCAUGAAAUUCAGAAACGAGAUUCAACUGCUGCAAUACUGCUUCUCUUUCUGUCGUUUUUCGAUAACCAAGACAUCUGGUAUGAGUUGGUUGCGGGUGGCCGUCAUUGUCCUAAUGUCCCCGAUUGGUUCGAAAUGGCGGUUGGGAGAAAAUUCGACUUUAAAGCACGGAUCAAAACCCUCCUUGCAUUUUCCCUAAUCGAAACUAAGCCACAAGGAGGAAGCUAUAGGUUACAUCCAGUAGUUCAGGACUGGUGUACCCAUGUUGCUGGGACAGAAAAUCAUAUCUCUCGAUUAAGGGAAAUUGCGCUUGUUUCCAUUGGAUAUACAGUCCCGGGUAGUGAUGAGAAAGACUAUGCGAGAGUUCAGCGGCGCCUGCUCCCACAUGCAAAUUAUGUGUUUCGAAAACAUAUGACUUACGAAACCAAUAAUACCGCAGUUUGUGGCGCUUUCCAUAUGCUAGGAAAUUUAUACUCGGAUCAAGGCAAGCUGAAGGAGGCAGAGGAGAUGUACCAGCGUGCACUAGCAGGGAAGGAACAGGCUCUAGGUCCUGAUCAUACAUCUACCCUGCGCACUGUCAACAAUCUUGGUCUUCUCUACUCUGAUCAAGGCAAGCUGAAGGAGGCAGAGGAGAUGUACCAGCGCGCACUGGCAGGAAAGGAACAGGCUCUAGGUCCUGAUCAUACAUCUACCCUGGACACUGUGCAUAAUCUUGGGAAUCUCUACAAAGAUCAAGGCAAGCUGAAGGAGGCAGAGGAGAUGUACCAGCGUGCACUGGCAGGGAAGGAACAGGCUCUAGGUCCUGAUCAUACAUCUACCCUGGAUACUGUACACAAUCUUGGGAAUCUCUACUCUGAUCAAGGCAAGCUGAAGGAGGCAGAGGAGAUGUACCAGCGUACACUGGCAGGCUACGAACAGGCUCUUGGUCCUGAUCAUACAUUUACCCUGGACACUGUGCAUAAUCUUGGGACUCUCUACUCUGAUCAAGGCAAGCUGAAGGAGGCAGAGGAGAUGUACCAGCGUGCACUGGCAGGUUACGAACAGGCUCUCGGUUCUGAUCAUAUAUCCACUCUGCGUGCUGUUGGCAAUCUUGGCCUUCUCUACUCUGAUCAAGGCAAGCUGAAGGAGGCAGAGGGGAUGUACCAGCGUGCACUGACAGGGAAGGAACAGGCUCUCGGUCCUCAUCAUACUGAAGCACGUGAGGUGUCCAGCAAUCUUCAUACCCUCACUCACCUCAAUGUUGGGGCCGAUUCGCCUGGACUGCACGCUUUCCAGGGCCCGUCAGUACAGGCAUCUGGUAACAACUCUAAAGAUGCGCCCAACAAACCGCGGAAGAGGGAUGCUUUUUAUAAGGCUUUCCGCAGAAAAUAA